AUGCCCAAAAUCCCAAAGGGCGUACAUGCGUCAUCUGAUGAAGAAAAAGACAUUCAGGGAUCUGAAUCCAAAGCCCUCUUUUCCGUAAUUGGAAUGACUUGCUCUGCGUGUGCCGGCUCCGUCGAAAAGGCCGUGAAGAGGCUUCCGGGAAUCAAAGAGGCUGCGGUUGAUGUGUUGAAUAACAGAGCCCAAGUCACGUUUUACCCUGCUUUUGUUAAUGAAGAAACGAUCCGUGAGACAAUUGAAGAUGUAGGCUUUCAAGCCACAUUGAUCAAAGAAGAGAUCAAUGAGAAAUCAACUCAAGUGUGCCGGAUUCGCAUAAACGGAAUGACUUGCACUUCUUGUUCCACAACUGUCGAAUCUGCUUUACAAGCAUUGCGUGGUGUACAAAAAGCACAAGUUGCAUUAGCAACUGAAGAGGCUGAAGUUCAAUAUGAUCCAAAGUUCUUGAGUUACAAUCAAAUCUUGGAAGCCAUUGAAGAUACUGGAUUUGAGGCCAUACUUAUCAGUGCUGGAGAAGAUAGGUCCAAAAUACAACUGAAGGUUGAGGGAGUACUCACUGAAAAUUCCAUGAGAAUAAUUGGAAAUUCUCUUCAGGCACUUCCAGGAGUUGAAGAUAUAGACUUCAAUUUGGAUCUCAAAAAGUUUGAGCUUUCAUACAAACCAGAUAUAACGGGACCUAGAAAUUUGAUAAAAAUAAUUGAGGCGACUGGAUCAGGACGGUUCAAGGCAAUGAUAUUUCCUGAAGGAGGGGGCAGAGAAUCCCAUCGACAGGAGGAGAUCAAAGGAUAUUACAGAUCAUUCCUUUGGAGUUUGGUUUUCACAAUUCCAGUCUUCUUAAUGUCCAUGGUCUUUAUGUAUAUCCCUGGCAUAAAGCAUGGGCUGGAUACAAAAAUAGUCAACAUGCUUAGCAUUGGUGAGCUUUUAAGGUGGAUCUUGUCUACUCCAGUGCAGUUUAUCAUAGGUCGACGAUUCUAUACCGGUUCUUACAAAGCAUUGCGCCACGGUUCAGCUAAUAUGGAUGUUCUCAUUGCCCUGGGAACAAACGCCGCGUACUUUUAUUCUGUCUACUCUGUAUUGCGAGCUGCCACUUCUCAAAGUUUUGAGUCGACCGAUUUUUUCGAGACCAGCUCAAUGCUCAUUUCGUUCAUUCUACUCGGGAAGUACCUUGAGGUGUUGGCUAAGGGGAAAACUUCUGAAGCCAUUGAGAAACUCAUGGACUUGGCUCCCGAAACAGCAACGCUUUUAACCAUGGACGAUGAAGGAAAUUUGAUCGAUGAGGAAGAAAUAGACAGUCGAUUAAUACAAAAGAAUGACGUCAUUAAGAUCAUUCCAGGUUCAAAAGUAGCUUGUGAUGGAUUUGUUGUCUGGGGACAAAGUCAUGUAAAUGAGAGCAUGAUAACUGGAGAAUCUAGAUCAGUGGCCAAAAGGAAGGGUGACAUUGUUAUUGGAGGAACCGUGAAUGAGAACGGGGUGCUUCACAUUAAGGCAACAAGGGUUGGAUCAGAGAGUGCUCUUUCACAAAUUGUUCGACUAGUUGAAUCGGCACAAAUGGCCAAAGCCCCCGUACAAAAGUUAGCUGAUCGUAUUUCCAAAUUCUUUGUUCCCCUUGUUAUAAUUCUUUCAUUUUCCACUUGGCUUGCCUGGUUUUUAGCUGGAAAAUUACAUGGCUAUCCAAAAUCUUGGCUUCCUAGUUCAAUGGAUAGCUUUCAGCUUGCACUUCAGUUCGGCAUUUCUGUCAUGGUCAUAGCCUGCCCGUGUGCACUUGGCCUGGCUACUCCGACUGCUGUUAUGGUUGGUACUGGAGUCGGUGCUUCUCAAGGAAUCCUGAUUAAAGGUGGUCAGGCAUUAGAAAGUGCUCAUAAGGUGAACUGUAUAGUUUUCGACAAAACGGGAACUCUCACAGUUGGAAAGCCAGUAGUAGUAAACACGAGACUCUUGAAAAAUAUGGUUCUUCGAGAAUUCUAUGAGCUGGUUGCUGCUGCUGAGGUAAACAGUGAACACCCAUUAGCCAAGGCGGUUGUUGAGCCGAGAAAGUUAAGGAACUACAGGCUGAAGGAAAUGUUGUGGCAAUGGUGGGAGAUGGAAUCAACGACUCACCGGCACUUGUAG